GAUCUGUGCAGGACAAGUUAGUUAGGUUGAGUUGUUAGCUGAUGUGACUGAUAGACCAUGGAAAUGAUUAAAGAAAUCUACAAGGUAGUUAGGUUUUUGAUGAGAGUCCUUGACCGACCACGGAAAUACUCAACUCGUAAGGACAGCGAUGUUCUGGUGCUCCUAUGCGCCACCAAGUCACAUCCAUCCGACAAGCUCACGUGCACAAUUGCUGCUGCUGGGCCGUGGGCUCCCUCGAAUCCAAUUGAAAAAGUCUUAAAUGAGUCUCUCAGCCUUUUAGAGCGGAUAUCAUACCUCCCUGCAUCUGCAUCAACCUGCAGAUCUGUAGACACUGAGGAGUUAUCCCUCUUUGUUAAAUCAUCGGGCCCAGUCCAUUUUGUGGUAGCCUUUGAGAUGGCAAUGGAUAAUAAGUGUUGGCAACAGGAGAAGUUCUAUACCGAAGCAUUUCUUCGCCGGAUCAGCCUGGUCCGUGCUCAGAUGAAAAUCUUUUUUAAAUUCAAGAACAAUGGGGAAACUAACCAGCAUGUAUUUGGUGAUGGUGUGAAGAGCAAGAUGCUAGUAAACAACCAAAGCAUCAUCAUGGACAGCACCAGUUAUCAACUGUGUCCUUUCUCGGAGGGUGGUCUCCUUCCCUGUGAUCAGAUCCAUGCGGUGGUGGGCGCAAAGGUCCCGCUGCAGCUCCCUUUUCACAUGGUGUUAACGGGCCUCGGUGGGGAGACCAGCAUCAUCACCAUGGCAGCGCUGGGCCCCUGCAUGGAGCAGUACCCAAACUGGCCCAUUCGCCUGACAACCAUUCAGAUGUUGGUUUACAGCCCCUCCAGUAUGCCUCGCCUGGAAUCCAAUAUGGCCACUCCCAUGAGCUUCUUGCAGUCUCUGGCCGGCCGACUGGCAUGGGAGGACCUUGGCCUCUCUGGGGUGACCUGUGCUGACCUGCAGCAGGCAGAGGGAGAAGCACCAGGGUCGAGAGGCCCCCUUUGCUGGGACAUGGUGUUUAAUGUAAAGGAGAGGGAGGAAGACCAGGGAACCGAGUCCAAAUGGAACCAGACCGUGAAGCAGACUCUCACUCUCUACCUGUUACUCCAGCACACUGACCCCUUCCACUCACAAUUCUCUGACCUCAUCGUCAAUGAAGAGAUGUUUGAGAAACACUUAGACCAGGUCCUCUGGCACAAUAGUGAGAGAGUGACGGCAUCACUGCAGUCGCUACUGGAGAAGACACUUAAGCCUCAUCAGAAAAAAUGCUCAAAUCAGAGAAAGAUGCAGGCAGCACUGCCGGUGGUCCUUAGCUCCCUCACCAGUGUGGUGAAUAGCAGCAGCAGUGCGGAAUUCCGCACUACUUGCUUGGACAAAAUGAAGGUCCCGAACACUCAUCAGCUGUCAGUGUCUCUUGACCAAUUGCUUCACAGUAUCACAGGAAGUCGGUUUACUCCACUUCACAGGUGUACCACUAACAAGCCUAGGAUUGGAACUGGGCCCAAGCCUUCAUUUCAGAGACCAGAGGGGGAGGAUGAAACCCAAGUCCUCACGGAGGGGGAGACUGACCACCAGGACAGAAUUGUAUCCAGUGCCGCCAAAAGGCAGAAGACGGCGCCCUCUGCUGAUGAAGACUGGCUUCAAGCAGUUCACAACUUUUCUGAUUGGGACUUUUUUCAAUAAGGCCUAUAUAACUGUUAUAAUACACAACAAUCAGUUGUUUAGAACAAACGUUCUGCAGUCUUGUUUUUUGUUUGUAUGCAUAUUAUGUUACCACUAUCUGGCAUAUCUAAGUGUUACUCAUUCAAACGGUUACCAGGUGCUUCAUGCAAGGGUUGUAUGAAUAUUCAGAUUGAUACAUUGAUUUCAUUUGUCACCAUGUUUUUUGAAGUGAUAAUAAACAAAUGGGUGUUUUA